GUGAGGGAAUCUAUAAACAAGGGAAAAGUGAAAAUACGAAAGAUAAAAAAGGAACUGAGACAUUGGUUGCCCAGAUCUUCUGGGACAUGAAAUACUUCGGAAACACCUAGCUCGAUUAUUUAGCCUCAUAAGGAUUCCACAUGAUUCACUCACUAAUUCGUUUUUCCGUCCUAUCGGUCUCGGUCAUGUCAAUCUUUGCCCGAUCCAACCUGGCAUCUCUCACUUGUAGUACCAGAUAGGUGACCCAGUGCUCAAUAGCAAGUAAAUAGCCCAGGCAGCUUCACUGCCUUACGUGCAAUAACAGGUCCCGCCAGCGCAGACAGCAGCAGAUAGUUGCUAGGCAAGUGGACACUUGAGGGCGCCUUAUCUUAUUCCUAGUAGCUGGCACACUUCAUGGGCUAGAAUUGUCGUGUCCGUCCAUGAUAUCACACACACCCCUGGGACGUGGGAUUGUCGGUUUCUUUGUUUCCCGGCAGGAUUAUUUAGCUUAUAUUUACUGAAAUGUUACGGUAUAUCGGUGUUUCCCACACUCCAUCGAGAUGAUACUAGCAAGAUCGAUGCUGCUAUUUCAUAUGAAUCCCUCAUAACAGUCAGAGAAGACUUGAACUUUACACUCCACGAACUUGGUCCGAAUUAACCUUCAAGAAUUUCCCUUAUUCAAGGCUUAACAAGAUGUCGACCACAUACAUAUUGGGUUCCAUCAACCAAAGUCGUGGACCAAUCUACGACUUCAUCCCUGAAGGGCCCAUCGCUGGGGGUCAGUCAACGAUGUCGUCCUUCGAAGAUCUCAUAUAUCCUCAUCUGACAUGGUCGGCGUUGUGGUUUACGUUAUUAUGCAUCUUCAUCGCACUUAACAUCAAGAAUAUGCCAUUCAUGUGGCACUUGCGACUUGUGAACGCCUUCCGAUUUAUCCUACGAACACAACGGCCAAAAGUGCCACUCACAUCUACGCACAUAUUUCAGCCCAUCAUCACAUCAUCGACAGCGCAGCUCAUGGAGAUCGAUUUCAACAUGCAUAAAUCCAACUCAUCAUACUUUUCGGACGUCGACAUAGCACGUACUCAUCUUGUCUGCACGUUAUUCGCCAAUGGGAUCGAGAAAAUGCGUGGUGGCACAUCGGCUUACACUGGAUCAAAGAAGCCCGUCUUCGGCCUCGCCCUCGGUGGUGUCUCAUGUAAUUUCAAGCGCGAGUUGCGACCUUACGAAGAGUACGAUAUGUGGUCUAAGAUAUUAUCCUGGGAUGAGAAAUGGAUCUACAUCGUUACACACUUUGUUCGGAAAGACGCUGCCGACCCCAAAAGCUAUUCCCUAUAUCCGGAGCAAUCCCUGGACCAGACUCUACGAAACAGCGUUAACGAGUCCGGCCGUGACCCGUCUCGACGCUCCAGUGUGGACAACAACUCCGCAAGCAACAGUGAUGGGGACGCUAAUAGGUCAGAGAAACAUAUCUUUGCUACAGCAUUGAGCAAAUGCGUGUUCAAGUCUGGACGUAAAACUGUUUCACCGGAACUGAUGCUGGAAAUGUCCGGCUUGUUACCGGUGUCUAAUCCCGAGAAAAACGAGUUUGAUGAGGUAAUUAGACAGGGCAUUGAGAUACAGAGAAAAAAGGGGCUAGAGACGGCGCAACUCCUCGCGGGACAGACACAACACAACCUCGAAGCCGAAUUUGCCGGCGUGGAAUCGGAGGUGCUAGGCAGACACACUGACGGCGCCGGCAUCGUUGGUGUGGUGAAUACCCUCAUGCAGCUAGCUCGGCUAAAGAAAACCCAGGUAUUAUGAUCACCGACAUCAUAUCCAACUUAAUUACGGUGGCGUUCAUAAUACCUCUUGCAUCACGAACUAAUACCGCAGCGAUUCAUUUUCAUCUUCCAUAAUACAUUAGAUCUAGCAUGUCUACCUAGUUACCGUGGACAUAUGGCUACUAGGUAGAGUGUCAUCAUUUAAUAUCUCACAUGUACAUAUUUGGUAUAGAUUACAAAACAUCACAUCUACAU